AUGAAUAUCUGCCUUCCGAUAUCAGAAGCAGAAGAUUAUGUAGCGUCGUUCGAAGCUGUGGUUUUACCCUUGGUAGGGGCAUCUCGGGUCGCGAAAUGGAAAGAGCUUAUAGACGAACUGCGGAAAUGGCAGAUGAACCGUCCUCCAGAGCUCGAGCAGCUGAUGGAAGUUGAGGGCCGCGAGGCCACAUUUCCCGUUGUCAUCUAUGCCGGCGGCGCUGGCAUCUUGUCGAAUGCCCUCUACCACACCGCUAUGCUUUUGCUACUUAGCAACAGGCCACAAUCUAUAUCACUUGCCGAAUUGUAUAGGAGUUCAGAGCUAGACGUGGCACAGAUGUCACCUCUCUGGCACGCGCGACGUGUGUGCGGCAUUGCAUUGAAUAGUGAACCAGAACAUACACAUUGUUGGGACCCGUGUAUGAUAGCGGCUUUCGCGCUUGCGGCAAGACGAAUGACACACCCAGCACAACAGAAUGAUAUAGUUGCUUGCCUGGGUCGUGUUAAAGCGGCAGGCUGGCAUAUCGAUAGCCUAGUUCAGAGGUUGCGUGACGAAUGGGGUCCUAUUGGUUGA